AUGGUAAUAGCGUUGAUUUCCUUUAAAAUAUUUUUCUUGUUUAAUAAUGCGUUAAGAAAUACAGGUUUUAACGAAAAUUAUACUGUAACUUUGGGAAACCAACAUGUUUUGUUUCUUAAUCAAGGAAGGGAAGUACAGUUGUCGUUGGAUCGCUCCUCAGGUGCCGGAUUCCAGUCAAAAGAAUAUUUUGGAUCUGGAUACUUUCAAAUGAGGAUUAAGUUACCCGACAAGGAUUCUGCUGGAGUUGUGACUGCUUUUUAUUUGUAUUCAAAUGCGAACGUACACGAUGAGUUAGAUUUCGAGUUCUUGGGCAAUAGACUGGGCAAACCAAUCGCUUUACAAACAAACAUAUUCUUAAAUGGCGUUGGUGGUAGAGAGCAAAAAACCGAUCUUUGGUUUGAUCCCGUUUCAGAUUUCCACUACUACAAACUCUUAUGGAACCGACACCAAAUUGUGUUUUUUGUAGAUGACAUACCCAUAAGGGUAUUCAAGAACAACAUAAAGAAAGGUGUCGGGUACCCUACACAGACCAUGCAAGUGAUGGUAAGCUUAUGGGAUGGAUCUGAUUGGGCCACAGAUGGAGGGCGAUCCAAGGCUAAUUAUUCUAAUGUGCCAUUUCAAGCCCAUUUUCGAGAUUUCAACAUUGACGGGUGCCCUUCGAUACCCACUAACCCUAAUAAGGAAUGUCAUUCCACAAAGUACUGGUGGAACGGCAAAAAAUACAACCACUUAAACCCAAAUCAACUCAAAGCUUACGAGAAUGUGAGAAAAAAGUAUAUGACUUAUGACUACUGUGCUGAUAGAAGAAGAUACCCUACCCCUCCCCCAGAGUGUAUUAGGUGA